CUUUCAUAACCUAUACUCUCUUUUUCGAAGAAAGUUCACGAGUUCGCUGUUAGCUUGAUAAUGAAAGGUAUGAUUUUACAAUUUCUGGAACCUUGGUUUCCUAGGGUUUCGAAUUAGUUUUUGGGCUCUUGCAGAUGAUAUCAGUGAUGAACAACGAAGACUUAGAAUUACAUCGGACAAACGAUGUCGUUGAUGAUGAGAAGAGAGCACCACCUAUGGCUUCUGGUGAUGCUGUCGUGGAUAGCUCUGAUAAAGCUACCAAUGGUGGUGAUAAAGGGGCUCGCUUAGGUACGAUUGGCUCCGAAGUAAUUAGAGUUCUGCAUGGUGAUGUUGAUAUUUACGAUAGAAGGGCGAACUUGAAUUCGAUUGAGUCAGAAGAAAAUAGGGUUUCUAGGGAGCUUGACAAUCGUGCUUCGGAGAGUGGAAAUGUUAGGGUUUUGGAUGGUGGUGUUGAUUUUGUUGCGAAUAGAGGAUUUGAGGAAGCUACGGUUUUGAAAACUAAUGAGAAAGCAAAAUCUAGGGCUUCUGAGAUGCUUAGCGAAGACGUGAAAUCAAGCCAUAAUCAAUUCUAUCAUCGGGACAGUGGAACUGAGAAUUUGAAGACUAGUAAUGAAGGAGAUGUAUCUAAAUCUGAAGAGACAGGACACGUGGAAUCGAAUCCGAUAGCAAUUGACAGUAAAAUUUGGAACGGUAAUACAGAUGUUAGAAAUGGGAAAAUCAGGCAUUCGGGCUUGAAAGCUGGAAAUGAGCACGAAGUAUCGGAGACAAAACAGACUGGAUCUCAUUACGAUUCGAUGCUUUCGAUGUUUGAUGAAUUUGCGGCAAAUCGAAGAGGGGGGGUUUUGCCUAGGCCGAUUGGUUAUGGGUAUGAAGUAGGAGAUAUGGUUUGGGGUAAAGUGAAGUCACACCCGUGGUGGCCAGGUCACAUAUAUGAUGAGGCAUUUGCGACUCCUUCAGUACGGAGAACGAAGAGGGAGGGUCAUGUGUUGGUUGCUUUCUUUGGUGAUAGUAGCUACGGGUGGUUCGACCCAGCUGAGCUUGUACCUUUCGAUAUUAAUUUUGUGGAGAAGUCAAAGCAGACAAAUUCGAGAACUUUUGUGAAGGCUGUGGAGGAGGCAGUGGAUGAAGCAAGCCGGAGGCGUGGUUUGGGUUUGGCUUGCCGGUGUAGGAAUGCAUACAAUUUUCGGCCUACAAGUGUGGAAGGAUAUUUUGCUGUUGAUGUUGGUGAUUAUGAGCCUGGAGCUUUUUAUUCAGUGAAUCAGAUUAAGAAAGCGAGAGAUAGUUUCCAGCCCAGAGAGACACUUGCUUUUUUAAAGCAGUCUGCAUUGACACCUAUGGAUAAUGAGCAUGGGAGUAUUCAAUUUAUUGAGAACAAGUUUACUGUUUUAGCUUAUCGCAAGUCAGUAUUUGAGGAGUUUGAUGACACUUAUGCACAGGCUUUUGGUGCUCAGCCAAUCCGCCCUUCACGACCACCACCACCAGAUCAACUGGCUCAUCCAUCUAGAGAAGACACAGAAAGCCCUAGCAUCAUCACAAAAGUCCCCUCUUUCUUCUUCUUCGUCAUCAUCGAAGAAGCCCUAGCAUCACAGAUGAGUCAGAGACUCAGAUCAGAUCCCUCCCAGCGAGCCUUCAAUGACCAGCGUUGA